AUGGCUAUCUGGCUCUCAAGAUCAAGAAAAAUUGCUCAUUUUCUAAACCCAAAAAUUGCUUAUUUUCUACAGCCGGAAGAUUUUUCCUACAAAAUUCAUGUAAACUAUGUAAAUUCUUCUUCUUUCAGAACUUUGUCUGGUGAAAAUUUCAGAAGCCCACAUGCAUUCCUUGAUAAUUCCGCCACCGUGUCGGCUCUGCAACGCCGCUGCAGGCGGCCGGAAUCCACCAGAGCCGGCGAACAAGUGGAAACACGCUACAGUGAUGAUGAUUAUGAAGAUGAAAACCAGGCCAUGGAUUUUCCUGGUGGACGAGUCUCUUUCACUCAUGAGAUGAAAUUCAUAUCAGAGGCAGCAGAUAAGAGAAUACCAUGUUACCGUGUCCUCAGUGAUGAUGGCUAUCUAAUUGCUGGCAGCAGAUUUGAGCAGGUGGACAAAGAAACAGCAGUAAAGAUGUACAAAAGCAUGGUUACACUUCAGAUAAUGGAUAACAUCUUUUACGAAGCUCAAAGGCAGGGGAGAAUAUCCUUCUAUCUCACCUCGACGGGGGAAGAGGCUAUUAACAUUGCGGCAGCAGCUGCUCUCACUUCAGACGAUGUUAUAUUACCUCAGUACCGGGAGCCUGGAAUUCUAUUAUGGCGUGGUUUCACCCUGCAAGAAUUCGCCAACCAGUGUUUCGGCAACAAUGCUGAUUAUGGGAAAGGCAAGCAAAUGCCGAUACAUUACGGCUCUAACAAGCACAAUUUCUUCACCAUUUCGUCUCCUAUUGCUACACAGCUACCUCAGGCUGCAGGUGUCGCUUACUCCCUAAAGAUGGAUAAAAAGGAGGCCUGUGUUGUAGCUUUCACGGGAGAUGGCGGAACCAAACAAUUUCGAAGCGAUGGUGUAGUCGUAAAGGGCCAAGCAUAUGGAAUUCGUAGUAUAAGGGUGGAUGGAAAUGAUGCACUUGCUGUUUAUAGUACUAUUCGCGCAGCUCGGGAAAUGGUCAUACAUGAGCAGAAGCCCGUAUUGGUCGAGGCCCUCAGUUAUCGAGUAGGACACCACUCUACUUCCGAUGAUUCCACCAAAUACCGGCCAGUAGAUGAGAUCGAACACUGGAAAACAGCGAGGAGCCCCUUGGCUAGAUUUCGAAAGUGGGUUCACAAAAACGGUUGGUGGACAGAUGAUGAGGAAUCCGAGCUUCGUGGAAGCAUCAGGAAGCAGCUACUGAACGCAAUUCAAGUGGCAGAGAAGACGGAGAAACCCCAGCUUGCAGAAAUGUUUUCAGAUGUCUACGAUAAUCUUCCAUCGAAUCUUCACGAGCAAGAGAAAUCUCUUAGAGAAACCAUUAAACGACACAGGCAAGAUUACCCUACUGAUGUGCCUCUAUAA